GCUUUGCUCGUAUGGAGAGUCAUUCCGUAUUGCAGAAUAGUAAAAUAUUGUAGGAGCCAAUUCCAGUGAUAAUCUACCGAAUGCUAACAAACCGGGUCUUCCUAGCUAACUCAGAUACAGUGAUUGAUCAGUUGCGCGGUGGAGCUUACUUGUAACGGUCGUUUUUCUGGAAUCAAGUAAGUGCAAAAAUUUAGAUUUUGGCUAGAGUCGAGAGUGGCUGGUGUCAAACACUUCUACUUUGUAAAAGUGGUGGUGAAAAUUAUUCCUAGGUGCUUCAAUACACUAUAAAUUGCUCGUACAGUGGAAUCAAAAAAGAUAGAAUUCAUAUGGUCGAUUUCCAACGUAUUCCCUGAAAGAAAAUGUGUUAAUAUUGUGCAAAGUAUAGUAUAAUCCAGUGCAAACUACGGCAAAAAGUAAAGGAUACAAUUUCGCAAUUAAAGGAAAAAUCAGUGACGUAAUUAAAGGUAAUCGUCAGUCGGCAUGGCCAAUCACUCGAUGGACGAGUUUUGUGGCUCCGAAUUUUGGAAUAUCAACAAAACAUGGUACACGGACAAUCCGGAUCUUUCACCAUGUUUCGAACAAACUGUUUUGGUUUGGGUUCCAUGCGUUUUUCUAUGGGUUUUUGCCCUUUUAGAUGUAUAUUAUAUACGCACCAGUUUAAAUCGAAAUAUACCAUGGAAUGUACUUAAUCUCAGUAAAUUAACUUUAACAUUGUUCCUGCUCGUUGUCGCCAUAACCGACCUAAUUUCCGCAUUAUCAUGGUCGGGCGACAGCCCCAUAAUGCCUGUGGACUAUUACACGCCACUCAUAAAAGCCGUCUCAUUUGCACUUGUAGCCGGUCUCACAUAUUAUAACGUGAAAUUUGGCGUGCGGACGUCCGGGUUGACAUUUUUGUUUUGGUUCCUAUUGACCUUGCUUAGUAUACCGAGAUGUAGGACAGAAGUGCGGCUUAAGAAUGCUCGAGUUGACAAUGGAAUAAGCGAUUCUUGGGCAGAUUAUAAGUUUGUAAGCUUCAUGAUUUCCUUCGCUGCUUCGUGUGCGCUGGUGAUACUCUGGUGCUUUGGAGACCAGAAGCCGAGGGAUAUGAAAUACGAAUCGACUGAGAAAGAGUGUCCCGAGUUGAGUGCCAGUUUUCUAUCGAAAAUCACUUAUAAAUGGUUCGACAGUUUAGCAUGGCGUGGUUUCCGAAAACCCCUCGAAGUCGAGGAUUUGUGGGAUCUAAAGCCAGAAGAUUCAUCGAAGGAAGUGAUGCCAGUUUUCGCGAAACAUUGGAAUCGUUCAGUACAGAAAAAUUCUAUAGAAGCACCCGUAGAAGACCAUAAAGCAAAAUUUUCAAAAAAUUCCGCGAGUGUUAAUUUUACAAAUCCAAAAUCAGUUAAAAGUCGUAAAAAUGCAUCCAUCAUGCCUCCCAUCGUUAAAUCAUUUGGUGGGGUGUUUCUUUUGGGUUCAUUUUUGAAAUUGAUCCAAGAUUGCCUCACGUUCGUUUCACCACAAAUCCUACGCUUGAUAAUUAACUACGUUGAAAGUAUAAAUACCGACCCAGAGCCCGAGUGGAGAGGAAUAUUUUAUGCUGUUCUCAUGUUUGUCGUGACAGCAAUACAAACAAUUGUUUUGGGACAAUAUUUUCAUCGCAUGUUCAUUGUUGGGCUACGGAUUCGUACAUCUCUCAUUAGUUCAAUUUAUCGAAAAGCAUUGAUUAUAUCAAACAGCGCUCGCAAGGAAUCGACUGUUGGUGAAAUUGUCAAUUUAAUGGCUGUCGAUGCCCAGCGGUUCAUGGACUUAACAACGUACUUAAACAUGAUAUGGUCCGCCCCACUUCAAAUUGGAUUGGCACUGUACUUCCUUUGGGAUAUUCUGGGACCAUCUGUUUUCGCUGGAUUGGCGGUCAUGAUUAUUUUAAUUCCUAUCAAUGGAUUUAUUGCAAACAAAAUCAAAGGAUUACAAAUUAAGCAGAUGAAAAAUAAAGAUGAACGAGUGAAACUCAUGAAUGAAGUACUUAGUGGUAUGAAGGUUUUGAAAUUAUACGCUUGGGAGCCCAGUUUUGAAAAGCAAGUUUUAAAUAUUCGUGAUAAAGAAAUCGACGUACUUAAACGAACAGCUUACUUAAACGCAGGAACAUCAUUCUUGUGGUCUUGUGCACCAUUUUUGGUAACGCUCGUUACAUUCACAACAUAUAUUUAUACUGGCGACGACCACUACUUGACACCAGAAAAAGCAUUCGUCAGUUUAGCAUUAUUCGAUAUUAUGAAAUAUCCUCUUGCAGUUUUACCGCUGCUGAUUGUUUACAUUGUCGAGACACAAGUCUCUGUGAAACGUAUCAAUAAAUUCAUGAACAGCGAAGAAUUGGAUCCAAAUAAUGUUUACCACGAACCAAACGAAGCUUACCCAAUGGAGAUCGAAAACGGUACUUUCUCAUGGGGUGACGAUGAAAUCUGCCUUCGUGAUAUCAACAUCAAAAUCGGAAAGAAUCAACUUGUUGCUCUGGUUGGAACUGUUGGUUCUGGAAAAAGUUCAGUAGUUUCUGCAUUCCUUGGCGAAAUGGACAAGAUAUCGGGUCGCGUGAAUACACAUGGAAGAAUGGCGUAUGUGCCACAACAGGCAUGGAUCCAAAACGCCACAUUACGUGAUAACAUUCUGUUCGGAAAACCAUACGACAAGAAGCGAUAUGAUCGCGUAAUCGAAGCUUGCGCGCUUAAGCCUGAUAUAGAUAUCCUGUCUGCUGGUGAUAACACUGAAAUUGGUGAAAAGGGUAUCAAUUUAUCUGGAGGACAGAAACAACGUGUUUCAUUAGCUCGCGCUGUUUAUAAUGACGCUGAUAUUUACUUAUUGGAUGAUCCACUGAGCGCUGUUGAUUCUCACGUUGGGAAGCACAUUUUUGAAGAAGUCAUUGGCCCGAAUGGAUUACUUGCAAGGAAAACAUGCAUUUUAGUAACACAUGGUAUCACGUACUUGCCAAGAGUAGAUAAUAUAUUUGUUAUGAAAGAUGGUCAAGUAAGUGAAUCGGGAACGUAUCAGGAGUUGCUUAACAAAAAGGGAUCGUUCGCCGAAUUUUUAAUUCAACAUUUGCAAGAAGUUAAUCCAGAAGAGGAAGAUCUUGAUGAAAUUAAGCAUCAAUUAGAAGAAACAUUGCCAAACUCUGAUCUUCUUGGUAAACUGGAACGUGCUAUAAGUCGCCAGAAAAGUUCAGAUAGUCACUCAGAUACAGCUUCUUUGUCUGAUUCGCGUAACAAUCUAGAAAGUGGUGAUCACGUAAUAAGAAAACGUCGCACUUCGGAAAGAUCAAAUUCGAUAAAAUCAGACACUCCGGAAAAAAAACCUGAUGCAAAGGACAACGCAAAAUUGAUUGAACAGGAAAAAUCCGAAACGGGUGGAGUGAAAUUCGCUGUAUAUAAACAUUACUUGAAAAGUAUUGGAUGGAAAAUUAGCAUAGCUACGGUGUUACUUAAUCUAACAUUCCAAGCAUUUUCGAUUGGAUCGAAUUUAUGGUUGAGUCAAUGGUCCGGUGAUAAGAAUGCGGCAAAUGACACAGCUGUACGGGAUAUGUACCUGGGAGUAUAUGGUGGAUUCGGCGUAGGGCAAGCUCUGUUUGUGUUUUUGACGGUUAUGUGUUUGUAUAUUGGAGCAUUUCAUGCGGCACGAAAAUUACAUAACAAGCUUUUAAGAAAUAUUAUGCGAGCACCGAUAACAACAUUUUUUGAUAUCACACCAAUUGGAAGAAUAUUGAAUCGAUUCAGCAAGGAUAUUGAUGAAAUCGAUGAAGAACUACCAGCAACUGUGCACGCUCUGACGUCCUGUUUGUUUACGGUAUUGGCAACGAUUGUCGUGAUUAGCAUAUCAACACCAAUAUUUAUCGCAGUCGUCGUUCCUAUCGCUAUAUUCUAUUACUUUGCUCAAAGAUUUUAUGUGGCUACAUCUCGACAGUUGAUGCGACUGGAGUCAGUUUCCAGGUCACCUAUUUAUUCACAUUUCGGUGAAACAGUAACGGGUACACCAUCUAUUCGAGCAUAUGGAGUGCAAGAAAGAUUUAUCGAUGAAUCUGAUGCAAAGGUUGAUGCCAAUCAAGUUUGCAAAUAUCCGAGCAUCAUUGCCAAUCGUUGGCUUGCUGUUCGUCUUGAAAUGGUCGGUAAUUGCAUCAUUCUCUUCGCAGCACUCUUCGCCGUUCUAGGUGGUCAAACCAAUCCUGGUUUAGUCGGAUUGUCUGUAUCUUAUGCAUUACAAGUGACCCAAACACUCAAUUGGCUCGUUCGUAUGACAUCCGAUAUUGAGACGAACAUUGUUGCGGUUGAACGUAUUAAAGAGUACAGUGAAACCAAACAGGAGGCAGCUUGGGAAUUGGAAAAUUCAAAGGUCGGUCCUAAUUGGCCAGAAAAUGGCACCGUCGAAUUCCGCGGUUUCAAAGUACGCUACAGGGAAGGAUUAGACUUAGUAUUGAAAGGAAUAACCUUCACUGUUACUGGUGGUGAAAAAGUUGGUAUUGUAGGACGAACGGGCGCAGGAAAGUCGAGCUUAACACUAUCCCUGUUCAGAAUUAUUGAAGCAGCUGAAGGUCAAAUCCUCAUUGAUGGUGUCGAUAUCUCUGCACUUGGUCUACAUGCUCUACGGUCUCGUUUGACAAUCAUUCCCCAGGAUCCAGUGUUAUUCUCAGGAUCAUUGCGUAUCAAUUUGGAUCCAUUCAAUACGUGUUCUGAUGAAGAAUUAUGGCGUGCCCUUGAACAUGCCCACUUGAAAUCUUUCGUCAAAGGAUUGACAGCAGGUCUGAAUCAUGAAAUCACCGAAGGUGGAGAGAAUCUUUCAGUUGGACAACGCCAGCUUGUGUGCUUGGCUCGAGCGUUAUUGCGAAAAACUCAAGUACUUAUAUUAGAUGAAGCAACUGCCGCUGUAGAUUUAGAAACCGAUGAUCUUAUUCAGAAAACCAUCCGAACCGAAUUCAAAGACUGUACGGUACUUACAAUAGCCCAUCGUUUGAAUACAAUCAUGGAUUCGGACAAAGUGCUGGUGUUGGACAAAGGUGAAAUUGCUGAGUUCGAUGCACCAACACUUCUUUUGCAGAACAAACGAUCAGCCUUCUACAGUAUGGCUAAAGAUGCAGGGUUGGCGUAAUUAUCUAAGUUUUUAAGUAAAUUCUUUUACUUAUAUUUCGUGAAAAUGUAUCUAUAAAUGUAGGAAUAACAAUUAUUUUUCCUUUUCUUUAUGGCCAGAUUCUGAAAGUUAAGUUUAUAUGUGUUCAAAACUUUUCUUUGUUUCAUCUUUUCUAUUUUUAGUUCUUUCUAUGAUUUUUUUUCUCUGUAAGUGUAGAUCAGUAUUGUUAAAUUUCGUUCUUUUCAUUCUGUUGUCUGGAGGAUAUAGCAAUGUCUUAUUUUAAGCAAAGUAGGAGUCACAAGUGUCGCUUUCAGCAAGCAGAAACGGAAUAACUUCCAUCAAAGUUGAUUUAGUUUUAUGAUCAUUGUCAAAAUGAUGAAUUAAAUAGAAUAAUUUGUUGCUGGUUAACUGUUGUAGAUCAAUCUUAUUUUAUAAAAUCUUUUUGUAUAAACAUAACAAGGAUACUUACCUGGAAAAAUACUUAAGUUGAUUUUUUCACUUUUUUGUUGAUAAUGCUCGCACUUAACACAUGAAUAUGUGAACCAGAAACGUGUGUACUUUACAAUAUAACUUAAUAUCAUUCUCAACUUCUGUGUUAGGUAACAUAAUUUCAAUUGUCUACAUUUCGAUGUAGAAAAUAAAAAAAUAAAUCGAAUCCUAAUUCUAAUGAAUCUGCCUUAUAUAUUAUACCGACCUCAGCAUAAUACGCAUUCAAACUUGAAGAGAUUCUAUUGUGUUGUAACAAUGAAAACCAUUUCACUGUCACUUCACACAUCGUCAACCUAAUGUAUGUAUCAUUAUCAAGUGUUGUAAAUUGUGAAAUGAGUAUAAUGUUGUAUGAUAUAUCGGUAUGUCCUUGAAGACAGAAAAUUAUUGCAAAAAUAAAUUAAAUUGAAAUUAGAAACUACAGUGCGCAAAAAAAGGAACAAAGCAAAUGCAGGGAUCGAAGAGAUUAGCACUUUAUACUCUCAGGAGUAUUUGUAUAUAAUUAGUCAGCAUUUUCGAAAUAAAACUAUAUUAUAAUGUAUAUUGAAAUGUAUUUUAUAAAUGUAAAACGGGAAUUCAAUUAAUUUUGCCUUUUAAAUGGAAUAAAAAUUUUGCAAUUGUUUUUA